AUGGGGAAGGCGCCGUCGCCGAGUAAGAAGGGCAGCGGCCACAUCGGAAGUCGAGCGUUGAGCGCCACGCGCUCCGAUAGCGGAUCUGCUGCGUUCGACGAUGCGGACGGCGGGGUCACCUCUGCUCCCCCUCGAGUGGAGAGCACAAUUGUGAGCCGGGAGACAGCUACACACCUGGCGUUUGCUAAAAGCCGGAAAGAAGACUUCGUGUAUGCACCGACUAGCCACUACUUCCACAUUUUAAAUGAGCAUUGCCAAUGGGACCACGAGGUGCGAUCAGCUCUACUAGUGGUCGUUGGACAGCCUGGGAAUGGCAAGUCUGCUUUGCUGGCGAACUGGGCGGAAGAGCGACGUCGUUCAGUAAAAGGAGAGCGUGAGCUCAUCUACGAGCACUACUGUGGGUGCUCCUACGAUAGCGUCAAGCUGUCACUGUUUCUGUUUCGGUUUAUGAACCAGCUGAAGAUUUCGUACAGUUUACGAGACUUUGAGCUCCCCCGCGAGCACGAGGAGGAAAAGUUAAAGUUCUCUUUCAGUCGGUGUUUGGAAGCCGCAGUAGGAAAAGGAGAGCACACGACAGGGCCUGCAUCAAAGCGGAAACGGUACGGUUUGAUGCUCUCUCUCUCUCUCUCUGCGUGA